UAGGACCGGAAACUGUGUCAAUAACAACUUCCACACGUGUGAAGGUAUGGUCUGAAGUCGGGUAUCAGCAUCAUCGCCCCAAGCCUCAUAUAACUAAAUAAAAGUCAUUAUUAAUCACUGUAACAUUAGACAAAAACGGCCAAACGUGAUCUCGUACCAUCUGCGUCGGAAAGAUGGCGGAGAUCGUCCAGCAACGGAUUGAGGAGAGGAUCCCUGAGCUAGAGCAGCUGGAGAGAGUGGGACUGUUCACCAAGAAAGAAGUCAAAUCCAUUAUAAAGAGAGCAACAGCCCUUGAAUACAAGCUUCACAGGCUGAUUAUAAAUAAAGAGGACUUCAUUGCAUACAUUCAGUAUGAAAUCAACAUUUUAGAGCUGAUCAAGAAGAGGAGAGCACAUAUACAUUACCAGUUCAAAAGGGAGGAGAUUGAGUUUCCCAUCAUCCAUAGAAUAAACAGCGUCUUUAGUAGAGCAACAAAGAAAUGGAAGGACGACGUGCAGCUGUGGCUUUCACAUGUUGCUUUUUGUAAGAAAUGGGCCACCAAAAGCCAGAUCAGUAAAGUGUUCUCAUCUAUGCUCGCCAUACAUCCGGACAAACCAGCCAUGUGGAUCAUGGCAGCCAAGAGUGAGCUGGAGGAUAGAAACUCAUCUGAAAGUGCCCGACACCUUUUUCUGCGGGCUCUGCGCUUCCAUCCAAACAACAAGAAAGUCUAUCAGGAGUAUUUCCGUAUGGAGCUGCUGCAUUGUGAGAAAUUGAGGAAGCAAAAGGAGGAGCUUGAAAAGGCUGAGAUGGACCUGGGUGAAUAUGAGUUUUCUCCAGAGAUCCUGAAUGCUAAACUGGCUGAGGUUGUGUACAGAGAGUCGACUGGAAAAAUAAAAGAAGCAGAGUUCGUCAUCUCCCUUCUGAACAUUGCAGCCAUUUUUGACUUCACCAAAGAACUCCAGGACUUCAUCCUCCAAGACUUACAGGCAAACUUCACAGAAGACAGCCUGACAUGGGACUUCAUGGCUAAGAGGGAGCUGGAGGCUCCUGGGGCAGGAGAGGAGCUGCAGUCAGCUAAAGGCAGAGCCUCAGAUAUCAACCGCAGAGAGGAGCGUUGCUGCCAGGUCUAUGAGGAAGGACUAAAGAGUCUUAACACUGAGCCCAUGUGGACAUGCUAUGCAGAUUUCUGCUUGGAGAGGCUGAAGAGGAAGACUAAUGUGCAAGAGCUGAAGGAAAAGAGGCAGGAGAGGCUGCUGGGAGUGCUGCAGCGUGCCCAUGACUCUUCACUGCUCAAGGAGGAGUACUAUAAGUACUGGUUGCAGAUCCUGCUGUCAUCUGGAGAUGCAGAGGAAGCGGCCACUGUUGCCAUGGCAGCCACGCAGCGCUACAGCCAAUCAGUGCUGGUGUGGAGCCUGAGUCUGCAGACACUUAUACAGCUGGGGAGUGGAGAUGUGGGCAGGCUAUUCCAGGACGCUCUCAAACAUGUUAAUCCCAAGGAGAAUCUACCUCUUUGGCAGCUGCAGGUCCAGUGGAGCAUGGACAACCAGAGUCCUGAGGAGACAGAGGCCAUCUUCAAGAGAGGUCUACUGUCUGCCGUAGCGGCUGUUGCCAUGGAGAUGAAAGAGCGCUACCUUGAUUGGUCGUAUUCCAUUGGAGGCUACAAAAAAGCGAGGAAGACCUUUACAAGCUUACAAGAAAACCGUCCUUUGUCCAAGACCUUUUUCGUAAGGAUGAUUCAGAUUGAGAAGGAACAAGAGACUCCAAAGAUGAACAAUCUGAGAGAUUACUACGAGAGGGCACUGCAGGAGUUUGGGACUUACGAUGACGAUCUGUGGCUGCAGUACAUCCAGGAUGAGCUAGGACCCCUCGGACAGCCAGAGAACUGUGGAAAGAUCCACUGGAGAGCCAUGAAGUUUCUAGAGGGAGAGAGCGUGGAGAGGUUCACUUCCAAACACACCCUCCUUCAGACCGGACACUUAUGAGCGGCCCUGAAGAGGGCCAGUCAAAGCCAGCCUCAGGCUGUGUUUAAACAACCGUUGUAGUUAAUGGCAGCACAUGUUUUAAAGCAGGUGUUCCUUUUGGUCCCGUAGAGAUCUGAUUCUAUGAACUUCCAUAAUUUGUUUCAUUGCCUUCAAGUGGAAAGCCACUGCUACAGUUUCUUCAUUUGAACAUCCAGCGAUGUUGAACGUCAUGUUCUUAAAAUGUUGUGAUCACAGCUGUUUUCUGACUUAAACCCACUUUAGAUAUACAGAUGUUUGUUCUGGUUUUGAUACCAGACAGAUACGGGACACGUCAUUGUAAAGAUGUCCAGUUGGGUUGGAUUUCAAAUUUAUUUGAGAAGAGCAACCUUGACACUGUUAUGAUAAUAAAAAAUAUCUUUCAUU